AUGUCGUGGUCUCAAAUUGAACCUCGUGAUCCUAAUUUAACGACUUGGUCUCAAAUAACAUCAUCUCGUGAUCCAAAUUCAACGACGACUGAAGAUGAAGACGGAGAUGGCGAGAUAGACCAUCCUAUUCGAAAUUAUUGUAGAAUGUACGUAAUACUGCUCUAUACUUUUGGUUUUUGGUUGUAUCUGUUGAUAGGGCUAAUCAACAUUAGCAGAUGUUACUUAGACCUAUUCGUCGACUCUGUCUCCGUCUCCAACAAUACGAACUGGAACGUCUCAUUGGUUGCUGAUAGUCCUUUCACAUUUUGUCAGUUAUCUCUCUUCACAGUUAACGGCCAACUCUUACAAGGAGUCGGCUUCACCACGCGGAAGCUAGACAGCAUAAAAGAUGGCCAUGUGGUUUGGGACACCGGGGUCAAGAUCAUUGCCCGCGUCCAAGCGGGCACUAGUCUUAAAAAAAAGGGAUUGUUGAGGGUGACAGGCAGUGAUUUGCCGGUUAGGUUUCUGUUGGAUCCAGAAGGGAACAUGAAAGGAUCGUUGGUCGGAAACAUGAAACGUUGUGAAUACUUGUUUAACAGCAGCUUGGAUAAUUCCCUUUAG